AUGCCUUCUCUGGACCUGGUGAUGGAGAACGGCCAGGUGCUCCCGGCCUUUCUGCUCUGCAGCACACUGCUGGUCAUCAAGAUGUACGCGGUGGCUGUCAUCACAGGCCACACCAGGCUGCGGAAGAAGGCUUUUGCUAAUCCCGAGGAUGCCCUGAAACGUGGAGGCCUCCAGUAUUUCAGGAGUGACCCAGAUGUGGAGCGCUGCCUCAGGGCCCACCGCAAUGACAUGGAGACAAUCUACCCCUUCCUGUUCCUCGGCUUUGUCUACUCAUUUCUGGGACCCAACCCUCUGAUCGCCUGGAUACAUUUCCUUGUUGUCCUCACAGCCCGUGUGGUACACACUGUGGCCUACCUGGGCAAGCUAAACCCACGCAUUCGCUCUGGGGCCUACGUCCUGGCCCAGUUCGCCUGUUUCUCCAUGGCCCUGCAGAUCCUCUGGGAAGUGGCCCACCAUCUGUGA